CAAUAUGCCGCCGUCAAAUGCCACUGUCAGCCAGGUUCGCUAUGGAAAAUUACGUGUGAAAUUAAUUCAAAAAUUAAAAUACCCCUUCAAUUUUAAGUGAUCUGAACGCUAGACGGUAAACCGAGGACCAUGUAAGGUCGUCUCCUGGCAUCACUCGCGAGCACAUUAGGUACGAGCCAUGGAUGCCUUCGCCGAAUCUAUAUUUGAAUUCGUAAAAGCGAGACAACUCAAUAUAGCGAUAGCCGGGCUCCUGACGAUCAUGUACCUGUUGUACCAGUACUGGGACGUGCUGUUCAAGGAGCAAGACGAGGAACUAAAGCGGGUGCAGUCGAGGAUAUCUCGGUCGCGAUCCAGAUCCAGGUCGGGAUCGCGCUACGGGUACAAACUCGACAACAAGAAUUCGUGGCGAGGAGGCCGCAAGCUGCACAAGAGAUGCCCAAACUGUAGCGCGUGCAACUUCGUCGACGAAUAGGUUGAGAAGCGCUGGUGCUCGAUACAAUGGCUGUUUGACUUCUUCUGAACUGUGUCUCUUAGAAACAAUUUUACAUUGAUUAUAAUAUAUUUAAAUUUGAA